UUAUUUUAUUUAGUUUUUAGUUGAUAUUAUGUCUCUGUUAAUUAUAGUUCACGAACGUUAAAAAAAUUUAUCAGGAAAUAAAUAGUCGUUGUGUUUUAAGAGAUUGAAAUUAAAUAUUAUCGUAUUCGAAGGUCAUGAUAUUUAUUUUCGUGUCAAAGUGAUAAAUAAAAUAUUACAUUUACAAAUUCUAGAUAAAUGUAUACAUUUGUUUAGCUAUGUCGAAUUGGACAGCUUUCACUUCUGAAAAAUCACCUAAAAUUCCCAAUCGUCCUGCACCUCCACCACCAAAAACUGUUAAAUCAUCAAAUCAAACAAAAUUAGCCAAAGUUUUGUCUUUAAAACCAUCUAAAUCUCAAUAUGGGGUACAGCAGCCUAUAAAAAAAAAACCGCCUCCUAGACCUCCACCUCCAAAAUUUGCUUUGCCUCAAAAAAGUCAAAGUAAAACAGGUCUAUCAACACUAAUUGGAUUUAAAGCAAAACACAGUGUUCCAACACCGCCACCUUGGGUUGGAAAACAAAAUGAAAUCAAAAUUACAUCAGGAUCAUCUAAAUUAGCUUGCUUAAUAGACCUAAGUUCACCUCCAACAUCUCCUACUUCAACUCAUAAAUCUAGUAGUGAUGGAAAUAGUGUAGAUAGCUUUAACAGUGAUUUUGGACCAUGGAAAGAAUCUCAAGCAGAAAGUAGUGGCUUUGAAGAUGACUUUGAUUUAUUAUCUUCACAUGUAGAUACAGAUUACUUAAAAAAAACAAUUUUAAAUGCUCAAAAUAUUGAACUAUCACCUCCACCACCAUCAUUACCACCACCUAUGCUACCACCAGAUGCAUUAAAUGUAUUAUUAAAUGGUCCUCAAUUACCUCCACGUCCGAGUAAAGACAUGUCUCUCUCAAAAUCACAGUGUGUUGCUCAAUUUGAUUAUUUUUCUGAACAUCCAGACGAUUUAGUUUUUAAGCAAGGAGAUGAAAUAUCUUUAAUUCGAAAAGUUAAUGAUGAGUGGUUAGAAGGUGAAUUGGAUGGACGAAGUGGUAUGUUUCCAAUUAAUUAUGUGAUUGUAAGAACAGCAUUACUAGAAGAAAUAUCAAAAAAUCAAAAUUUUCAUAAAGUUAUAGCAGUUUUUUCAUUUAAACCUGAAUGCUGGGAGGAUUUAAAUAUACAAGAAGGUGAUGAAAUUCAAGUUUUACGAAGAAUUAAUGAUGAUUGGUUAUAUGGUGAAUGUAAUGGUUCAAAAGGUCAAUUUCCAUCAAAUUUUGUUACCGAACUUCCUGAAGAAAUGUGAUACAAUAUAUAAAUUACCAAAACUAAGUUUAAGAUACUAUUAAAGUUGUACAUUAAUGAAAUGUGAUAAUUAAUUCUAAAAUAUAAAUAGAGCAUGUGUUCAAAAAUAGAAUUUAAUUCAAAAAUUGUAUAGGAUAAAUGAACAAUAUUUUAUGUUUAAUUUGAUAUUAAAUAACAGGGUAUACGGAAAUUGAACAAAGUAAAGAAAUUUUAAAUAAAAUAUGAACAUUUUUUAUUUAUGUUAAUGUAUUUUAGUUAUUGUUAUGUUAAUGUAAUCAUUUUUUAAAGAUAAAAGCCAUUAUAAACAUGCAUGAAAUUUAUAUAUUUAUAUAUGUUAAGCAUAAUUUUAAUAAUA